UGUUGGCUCGAGCCUUUUGACUCGAGCUGCCGCUUGUGAACCGAACGUGCGGCGAAGAGCAGACUCCGCCGACUCGUGCUGUGCAUGGGAGGUUGCCGGAGUUGACCAGCACGUCUAUGGCUCUUCGCACGUGCCAAAUACCAGUGGACAUCGUGUGUGGUCUGACCGUCCACGUCGUGGCGUUGCUGGCCUGUUGGUUUGCCCUGGCCCGGUUUUCUCCGAUUCCCCUCGUCCGUGGCCGCGAGUUCGCUGCGCUGCGAGGUCUGCAGGGUCUGCCCGAGCCUCGGCCCGAGCCUGGGCCCGAGCCUGCUCCACGCAGUGGGCCUUUCUUCGAUCUGGCAGAGCGCCCCAAGGGUGCUCAAUUCACGGUGUCUUACGGGGAGCGAGCGGUCCCGCACGACAUGCCAGCUAAUGGCAAGGCAAAUCCUUGGUGGAAGUCAGUUGAAGCUUGGAAGAACGGUUCUGUCACGAGAUCGAAGCGUCAAAAGAUGGUGUUUGUCACUGGCUUGCCACAUUCUGGAACCACGUUGAUGGAGUUGUUUCUGCGACAGUUCGAUGGGGAGUUAAGCACGCUGUCCUUCGCCAAAACUGAUCAUAAACACGAGGGUAGAGAUUUGAUACCACACAAACAAUACCCGCUUCCUGAGUAUGGUGGCGCGUUUGGCGGCUACGGGAGCAUGUGCGGCAAUGAGGGUGGAAAGUACUUACAGAAAGGUUUGCGACAAAAUGAGGCGAGCUCUAGCGCCGUCCAGAAACAGAUGCAAGUAUUGACUUGGAAGUAUUGGCAGCCACACUUUGAGCUAUCGAAGCCAGGUCUGGUUGAGAAGGAUCCGAGACAUCUGUUGCGAAUGCGAAUGUGGCAGAACAUGUUUCGUGAUACCCACGAUGUGUUUCCAAUUUUUACAUUGAUGCACCCUCUCGAGAGUAUCACUUAUGCUUCGUGCAGGCCAGUCGAGAACACCCGGACUCGAAUGGUAAGGAACUGGUUGAAUUGCCACCGUGCUUUGCUCGAAGACCUGAAACACCUUCGGAAUUAUUUGGUUGUUCAUUAUGAAGCAUGGUUUCUCUACCCGGAUGACACGGCGCAGGCAAUCGAAACGUAUUUGAAUCUCGAAGGUCGUGUCAAUAUGACCUUUGACGCACGCAGGCUGCAUGCGCACGGAAAUGCGUUUGCGUUGAAAGAUAAAUAUUUUGGACGAUGCAGCAAUGUCGUUCGGAAUUUCAGUAAGUCGGAGGCUGCGAAAGAUUGGCCAAGUCGCCUUUACGAAGAUGAGCUGGCAACCUAUGGGUACGAUUUGUAUAAUACCACUACUAUCCACAAACCGUCGGCAUUCGGGCUUUGCCAGCUGGACGGCGUUCCUUGUCCCUGAUUUGCGCAUUUAUCAAUCAGCCUCAUGCCCAAUCAGUGCAACAACAAUCAGUGCAGCAAUAAUACUCAGAAUUCCGAAUUCCCUCGAGGCUCAAUCAGUAAUACAAGUUGCCAUCGAGUUGCCAUCGAGUUGCCGUCGAAGCUCAAUCAGUGCAACAGUAAUACAAGUUGCCAUCGAGUGACCCAUCCAAUCGUCAAGGUUGGCUCACUCGGCGCUUCAACAUGCUACAGCAGAGGAAGCUUAUGAUCAAGACAUGUUUCAAGCAUGUCCUUCACCAAGGCCAUCGCGCGUCUUUCCGGCGUCCUCUCCCUGCCUGGUCAGCUGCUUUUCGACAGCAGCUCCGUGACAACCGCUUGCGGCCACAGCGUUUGGCUGUCUCGCGGACCUCGGUGACUCCUCCCUCGCAGCUGCUGCCGGCCCACUUCGGCACGCCCGUCGCCUUGGGCGCGCCGCGGGUGGCCCCCCCGCGACCCGCGCGGCCCGCCGCGCGGCUCGCCGGGGCCCGUGGCCCGUCGCCCUGUGGCGCCCCGGGCUCCGAGGAGGGAAAA